UACAGUUUCUCUUGUAUAAGUAAAUUGUCCAUAGAAUAUAUAGUAAAUAGGAAUAUAGUAUAUUUCUCUAUGAUAUAGGUGUUUUGUGGCCAAGCCACUUCUACGCGCUUCACUGACUCCUAAUCGCUUGUCGGCUGUUGCGUGGUCAAUCAUUUAUUUACUAUAUUCUAGAAGAAUGGUGAAGUGGCGUGCGUUGUGCUGGAAAUUGCGCCGUAACCUACCAAGCGGCGUUGUGGGCGUAGUCAUUAGAAAUCUUCAUUAUGAACAGGGCCAGUCUACGAAAGAGUACCCGAGGGAGUACUUCUAUUUUAUUGACCAUCAAGGAAUGCUCUUUCUAGAUGAUUCCAGAAUGAAGAAUUUCACGUCAUGCUUCAAAGAAAAAAAAUUUCUGGAGUUCUUCUUUCGCCGGCUGCAGUAUAAUGACACUGGGAAGUAUACAGCAGAAUUUCCAUUCAUCUCUCCAUGUGGACGGGAGAUGAAUUUUGUCCGCUGUGAUGACCUGCCCUUCGUCUUCACGCACAUUGUACAAUUGCCCGAAGAAAGCAAAGAGCCAGGUUCAAAAGGCUUCCUCUUACACAAUUAUGCAGGCAACCUACUGAAAGUUGAGUUUACACCACAGCACCUUUGCAUGCCUGCUGGCACAGGGAGGGUCUAUCACCCAGCACCUGAAAGGGCAGGUGGUGUUGGGCUAAUACGUUCACUCUUGGCUAUUGAGCUUAGCAAGCAUUUUACUUUUGCUGAUGACAGUGAUAAGUCUCCACCUACUCACUUUGACUGGGAUGGCACUCGCUACAAGCUAUCAAAUAUUCUCCUGCCUGUCAUCAAUAAGGUGUCUCGUUGGAAUGGAACAGAAUAAUGAGUGUGACUACAAAAUCAGUUGCACUGCAUGAUUGUUUCAAAGGAAAAUUUCUGUGCCACCCAAUGCUUCAAAGAAUACAAACUGAUUGUUUUGGAAAUUGUUCUAUGAAUUAUUGUAGAAGAGUAAAAGAAUCUCAAGCAAUUGCCCUUUGAAUUGAGAUGCAACUUGUUCAAAUACUGUUUUUGUUGGCUGCAAUACACUUAAACAUGGCACAAAUAUGUUCCCUUUGUCUUUAUGAGUUUAAAUCUUUCUAAAUGUUCACCUACUUGCCCAACUGGCACUUUUGAAAGGGUGCGAAUGUACGAUACAUUUAGUUAUGCUGUGUGCAUCUAAUGCAACCAUCUCAUGGUGAAUUCAAUGGUUGUUGCAAUAAAUUACAUGCACAUUACA